UUCGUGGAACACGCAUCCUUUGUUUUCCAUACUCUCAUUUACACAAAAUUCAACUCUUAUGUUCUAUCCAAGAACUUACAUUCAACUCCCUGCACUCUCAAUCCUAUAUAAUGACCAUUUAUCAGCAACUAUUACGUCAAGCAAUCCAAGCUCGCCCUCAAACAUGGCAAGCAUUUCUCAGGUCCUCUUUCUGCUCUUCCUCACAUUUGCUUUUCUCUUUUUCCAUUCUGCCCAAGGAGCUGGAAUUGCCGUCUACUGGGGACAGAACGGCAAUGAAGGCUCCUUGGAGUCCACUUGCGCAUCAGGCAACUAUAAGUAUGUACUCAUUGCUUUCUUAAUCACCUCUGGGAGUGGUCGAACACCGGCCCUAAACUUAGCUGGCCAUUGUGAUCCUGCCUCUAACGGCUGCACCUUCUUGAGCUCCCAGAUUUCUACUUGCCAGAGCAAUGGCAUCAAAGUCCUCCUCUCUCUUGGUGGCGGGCAAGGGUCGGAAACAAGCAUGUCUUCUCCGGCUGAUGCUAAGCAAGUAGCUAACUAUCUCUACAACAACUUCUUAGAUGGACAAUCAGCUUCUCGACCUUUCGGGUCUGCCAUUUUAGAUGGCGUAGACUUUGACAUCGAACACGGUUCCAGUCUUUACUAUGAUGAUCUAGCACGGGACCUCUCGGGUUUCAGCACACCACAGAGAAAAGUCUACUUGUCAGCAGCACCACAAUGUCCUAUCCCUGACGCUAAACUAGACGCUGCAAUUCAAACUGGCCUUCUCGACUACGUCUGGAUACAAUUUUACAACAACCCACAGUGUCAUUACACAGGCACAGCUACUAAUCUUUUGGCAAGGUGGAGAGAGUGGGCUGCCGCGACUCCACCACGCAGUCAGAUCUUUCUUGGAUUACCAGCGGAUACCGCAGCAGCACCUAGUGGUGGCUAUAUAUCACCGAGUGCAUUAAUCUCUGAAGUUCUUCCAAGUAUCAAGACUACAACAAGCUAUGGCGGUGUCAUGCUUUGGAAUAAGUUUUAUGAUACGAGUUUUAGUUCAGCUAUCAAGAACAGUAUAUAAUAUGUAACUGGAAACAAAUAUGAUGUGAUACCAGAUAUCAGAACCCGCUUCUUAUCGAUAAAUCUACAUAAACACCUGCUUCUAAGUUUCGAAUAAAGAGAUUUUCCUCAGAGAAA